AUGCAGUCUUCAGACCUCACUAAACAUAGCAACAUUCACAGCAGAUACAGGUCUUAUGAAUGUAAAGAGUGUAACAAAGUCUUCCGUCUGUCCUCACACCUCACUAGACAUAUGAAAACUCACAGUGGAGAGAGACCUUAUGUAUGUAAGGAGUGUGGGGAAGACUUUCGGCAGUUCUCUGACCUGACUAAACAUGUAAGAAUUCACAGUGGAGAGAGGCCUUAUAAAUGUAAUGAAUGUGGCAAAGCCUUUAGUUGGUCCUCAGUCCUCACUAUACAUAUGAGAACUCACAGUGGAGAGAGGCCUUAUGAAUGUAAGGAAUGUGGCAAAGCCUUUCGUCAUUCCUCAUCCCUCACUAUACAUAUGAGAACUCACAGUGGAGAGAGGCCUUUUGAAUGUAAGGAAUGUGGCAAAACCUUUAGUCAGUCCUCACACCUCAUUAAACAUAUAAAAUCUCACAGUAGUGAAAAACCUUAUGACUGUAAUAAAUGCAGCAAGGCCUUCUAUCUGUCUUCACACCUCACUGGACAUGUGAGAACUGAUAGUGGACAGAGGCCUUAUGAAUGUAAGGAACAGGGGAAAGCCUUCAGUCAGUCCUCAACCUUCUCUAAACAUAGGAGGACUCACAGUGGGGAAAGGCCUUAA